GCCAAUCUUGCCAGGAGAGGCAGCUGGGCAGGCCGGGUAUGACGAGAUGCCUAUGAAUUGACAGGCAUAUUCUCAAUGGGUUAGUUCUCGUUGCACGCGCGCCAUUCCCCCGCACUGCCCAGUCCGGCUGUCCCCCCCUCCCUGGAUGUAACCGUAGCCCGAGAAGGGCGGCAGCGAGGGAGCAAACAGGUGGCCCCUCGCAGCGUUCUGGCAGAUCCCGCGCCCACGAGCCGGUGUUCGCGCUCUGUACGUGUAUCUACGGGCAGUGUCCUCGACGAUCCUGCAACAUCGAAAUAGGUUCCCGGCGUAGAGAGCGAUCGCGGGACUGUUACGUAGACAACCGCUCGAGACCUGCCUCCCCUUCACCUACCUACCUACCUAUUCGCUCCCACCGCACCUUGCAUUGAACCCGGAUCUACGGACCCCGCAGAACAUCGGCGGCUACUGCGGCGACCCUGCGAAAAAAGGGAAAAAAAGAGAAGAGGCUCGGAGAAAGAAGGCAGUAGAAGCAGGAAAAGAAGAAGAAAGAAAGACACAGGACCUCUCCCUACUCGACACACGAUGGACAAACUGCCGCCCUUCGGGCGCACCGUCGACGACGUCCUCCUGCCUACGUUCGCGGUCUACACGCCGCUGCUGAUAGCGCGGGAGCGCGAGAUCCGGUCGACGGCGGUGUCGACGCACCAGUACGGGCCGACGGCGCGGCACCAGGUGGACGUGUACCUGCCGGCGGCGGCGGCGGCUCCGUCGUCGGGGCCGGUCCCCGUGCUCAUCUUCGUGUACGGCGGCGGGUUCGUCAGCGGCGCGCGCGUGCACGAGGGCUUCGCGCACAGCCUCGUGUUCGGCAACGUGGGCCACUUCUUCGCGGCGCGCGGCGUCGCCGUGCUCGUGCCCGACUACCGGCUGCUCGCCCACGGCGCGCGCUUCCCCUCGGGCGGCGAGGACGUCGCGCUGGCCGUCGCCUGGGCCGCCGCCCACCUGCCGGCCCUGCUGCGGCGCCCCGACCUCGACCUCUUCCUCCUCGGCAACUCCGCCGGCGGCAUCCACGCCGCCACGUACCUGCUGGCGCCCGAGUUCCGCGCGUCGCGCGCCGCCGUAACGGGCCCCGGCGCCGGCCCGCGGCUGCGCGGCGUCGCGCUCCUCGGCGUCCCGUUCCACUGGGGCGGCGAGGACAACGCGGUGCUGCGCGCGUACCUGGGCGCGGAGCCGGACGCGAUCCGCGAGCGCUCGCCGCUGGGCCUGCUGCGCGCGGCGCGGGCGCGCGGCAGCCCCGAGGAGGGGCGCCCGCCGCUGCCCGGCGUCGCCGUCGCGCUGCUCGUCAGCGAGCUCGACCCCGACCUGAUCCGCGACUCGACCGACGAGUUCGCGCGCGCGUGGGAGGACGCCGGCGGCGCCGCCGUCCGCCACCUGCUCGACGGCCACAACCACAUCAGUCCCCAGCUCGGCCUCGGCACCGGCAUCGAGCGCGAGGAGGCCUGGGGCGUGCAGCUCCUCGAGUUCCUCCGCGCCAACGCUAGGAAGCCCGGCGAGGAGGCGUGAGGUGUGUGGCCUGGGAGGGGGGCACUAGCUGGGUAGAUGGGAACUGCAGAGUGCAACUACCUAGGUCGUCUGUGCAUACCUGUGCGUAAUCAUGUGUAUGUAAAAGGGGGAGGCGAAGGAACGGAAGGACGUGUCUGGUCUAAAGCUAUUAUUCACAUGGGUAGAAUCACACAUGAGGCGGGGAGGAAACCGCUCAAAUUGCCAUGAAAUUGCAAACAAGCCGUUCUAAUAAGUCAG